CUCGGCUCGAGGGCCUUGGCACCGCGUCAAAGUCCGAGGUGGCCGGCCAUGGCGGCAUUUCUGUUUUUCUUCAAUCGGUUUGCCGCCACCAUCUUGUCAAGACCACCGGUUGGCGCUGCCAAUUGGUCGCAUAGAUUGUCACAGGCCAGCAGAGAAAGGAGACCGGGAUUAUGGCUGCUGCGACACCGACGGGCCGGGAUGGCGUCCUCGGCGCGCUCACGACGCCCUUCUUGGCGCCAGAGUGGUGCUCACGCUCGUUUACGGUCCACCCCCCUCAUCAGGACGGUGCCGUCACUUGGGGCACGCGCUAUUUGGACUCCCCGACCACCCGCUCAUGUUACCCGCCGGGCUUCGAAACUUUCAACUGGGGUGAAUUCUACUCUCCUGCGGUCUGUCCGUCCGGCUGGACGAGCGCUGGCACGUGGAAAGACUACGGGACCCGGAAGAUACUAGAUUACACCCCGCUGCCUGUUUCGGAGGAGGAGCUGAUUGUCGGCUCAUCUAGCGAGUACACCUACUGGGACUUCAUCGAGGUUUGCACAAGCACAAUUGGAGCUGGAAGCCACCGGCCCACCGUUACUAUUGUCGAUGGCCCUCCCACCGACAACCCGGCCUCGGAUGCCCUGACUAGCUACACAACCACGGGGCCCUUCUCGCUCGGAGGUCACGCUAUGUAUGCCGUGCCCACUGCUAUCCAGGUCCGUUUCCAGGCUUCCGACACGUCACUCCUGGGUUUGACAGGCUUCCCCACUACCGGUACGGCUUCACCAACCCCUGGGCCGAACGGUGCUAGCCAGUCGACAAGCUCGUCCUCCACGGCCGCUGAGGCGGCUGGUACGGACGCUAAGACGGACGCUAAGACGGACGCUAUCAGCAACGCUCAGCUCUCGACAGGCGCCAAGGCAGGGAUAGGCGCGGGCACGGCACUCGGCGCCAUAUUGCUCGCCGUGGCAGCUUUCUUCGUAUUUCGCCGGCGGCGCCAGCAAUCACUAGCACGGGUAGCGGCGGACCCAAGCCUCAAGCAUGAUGCCAUCCUUGCCGAGAAGGGCGACGACCGCCCUCCCGAGCUCUCGGAUUCCGCAUCAGAAAAACCACCAGGAGCUCACACAACAUCUCACCACAGUCCGCUACACCACACGAACUCGACGGUGCUCAGUCUAGAAGCGAGAUGGGAUGGGAGAAUACUCCAGAUAAACCCGACUCUCCUGAGACGCCGAUAA